UGUUUUCUCUCUUUUGACUGUGUCCUUCUCUUUAUCAUUUUUCGUUUAUAGUUUACACUUUACACACAAUCCCAGCCCAAUCCUCUCCCCACACCACCCCUUCAUAAUUUCUCUACACUUGGUCCACUCUCUUCAAUCAUUCAUUCAUUUCUGCUUACCUAUAACUGCCUCUUCUCUUUUCCCGUUCUUUGACAUCUUCUUCAUGGAACAAGACUCAGCACCAAUGGAUGAUCCACUAUCGUCGCCGGCUAAGCCAAGACGGGAAGAUCAGCACACGCCAUCACCAUCAACUCUUCUUCCUAAAACACAGUCUAACGGUUUCUUAGGGAAGCAUCGGAUGGCAGCUGCAAUCUCUAAUCUCCAAAACCAAAUCAAUUUUCUCCAGGAGGAGCUUGACCAACUCGAUGAGUUAGGAGAAGCCUCCAUUGUCUGUAAAGAGCUCAUUUCAAGCGUUGAGUCGAUUCCGGAUCCAUUGCUUCCACUGAGCAAAGGACCGACGAAUAUCAGCUGGGAUCGGUGGUUCAGGGGAGCUCAAAAUUCCCGAAAACGCUGGAUCUAACAAGAACCAAUCCAAGAAACUUUCUUUCAAUUAUUAACAAUUACUAUCAAUCCAACGUACUGAUGGAAAUAAGGAGUACAGCAGCCAACCAACUUUUUGCAAAAUUCUAAGCCUUUUUGCUCAAAAUUGCAGAUGCUACUUGCUCAUUAUUGCUGUACUCGACUGCUAUGUACUUCAGUUCUGACUUCGCGAAAAUCAAUAAAUUGGCAGUUUUAGAUCAAA